AUGGAGGCCGCUGCCUCUGUAGAGGCGCACGACUCUGCGCACGAUGAGUCGCUCCACAAGGCCGCCCUGACGCCACCAACGAGCGAGGAUAUGGAUAAGAGGGAGCGGUCGUCGUCGCCGUUGUCGGAUAUGGAGCUCGACAACCCGGGGGAAGAAGAUAUUGGGGAGAUUGAACCGGAUCAUUACUGGGAUGGAGGGAAGAUACCUGUCUUUAAGCCGACCAUGGCGCAAUUCCGCAGCUUCAAGAAAUUCAUUGACAAGGUCGACACAUACGGGAUGAAAUCCGGCAUCGUGAAAGUUAUACCACCGAAGGAAUGGAUUGACAGUCUCCCCGCCCUGCACGAAGCUGUCAAGACGAUUAAAGUUAAGAAUCCAAUUACCCAAGAGUUCGUCGGUACACAUGGCGUCUACACCCAGAACAACAUGGAGAAGCAGCGCUCGUACAAUCUGCCACAAUGGAAGGCCGUGACAGAAGAGUCCAAUCAUCAGCCGCCGGCAAAGCGAGGAGACCGGAGGGCCAAUCGGGAUGCUGUUGGCAGAACGCGCUCAACUCGCAACGGUGCGGGAAGUUCUGCCGAUUCUACGACAAGCCAGCAGGAUGGACCGAAGCGCAAGCCUGGCCGUCCACGCAAGCGACCCGCACCUGAAGAGAAGGAAGACUCACCAGACAAAGGUGCUGAUUCCAAAGAAGACAGCCAGCUUCAAGUACCGCCUACGCCCACAUCGCCCGAUACAAAGCCACCACCAAAGAAACGAGCAAGGAGGUCGACAGCUAAGACUGAAGCUGCGGACGAGGACGACUCUCCCACCAAGCCACGAGGCCGCCAGCCGAAAUCGAAGUCCGUUUCCUCACGUCGAUUGAACAACCGUCGCGAAGCUGCGGACGAGAUCGACGAGAAGGCUUUCAGGAACUUCGAUUACCACUUCGGCAAAGUGGACGAGUUCACGCCUGAGCGCUGCAAGGAGCUAGAAGAGGUGUACUGGAAGACGCUCAACUAUGGCCAGCCUAUGUACGGCGCCGAUAUGCCUGGGUCCCUUUUUGACGACAACACCACGAGCUGGAACGUGGCGAAGCUGGAAAAUCUACUGGACGUCUUGGGCACAAAGGUACCUGGUGUGAACACUGCAUAUCUCUAUCUUGGGAUGUGGAAAGCUACCUUCGCCUGGCACCUCGAAGAUGUGGAUCUUUACAGCAUCAACUACAUCCACUUCGGAGCGCCCAAGCAGUGGUAUAGCAUUUCGCAAGCGGAUGCGAGACGCUUUGAAGCUGCUAUGAAGAGCAUCUGGCCCACUGAUGCAAAAGCAUGCGAUCAAUUCCUUCGCCACAAAACCUACCUUAUCUCACCGGACAAGCUAGAGAAACAAUUCGGCAUCAAGGUCAACAGGCUGGUCCAUUACGAGGGCGAAUUCGUCAUUACAUAUCCCUACGGAUACCAUUCAGGAUACAACCUUGGCUACAACUGUGCUGAGUCCGUCAACUUCGCAACAGAGGCAUGGUUACCGAUGGGCCGCGUAGCGAAGAAGUGCGACUGCGAAGCGGACAGCGUCUGGGUUGACGUCUCGGAGAUCGAGCGGAAGCUUAGAGGCGAGCCAACACCUGAGUACUGGGAAGAGGUCACCGAUGAUGAGGAUGAUGACGAAGAAGUGGAAGAUGAGCAGAACGACCUGCCGAGCCCUCCGGCCAGUGUUGCCGGGAAGAUUAAGACGGCCCCUAAGAAGCGAAAGCGAGAAACGAAAGAAGCGACCGAGCAGAAAGUCAAGAAGAAGAUCAAGAUUCGCAUUCUGCCCUCGAAGCAGCCUUGCGUCCUUUGCCCUAACGAUGUAUCGUACGACAAGCUUCUUCCUACAGACAACGGCCAGAGAGCUCAUCGUCUCUGUGCUCUCUACACGCCCGAGACAUAUCUUGUUGAUGAGAACGGCCGCGAGAAGGUUUGUGGAGUUCCGUUCAUCGAGAAAGCCCGCUUCGACCUCAAGUGCAACCACUGUGGCUCCAAACGUGGAACUUGCUUCCAGUGUUCCUCGAAGAAAUGUACACGCGCCUUCCACGCUACCUGCGCUGCUGCUGCUGGCGUGCAGAUCGACACCGGGCCGGUUCCUACCUUCGACGAGGAUGGAAUGGAGUACUACUGCGAAGGCUACGACUUCAGGUGCCGCUUCCACAGGCCGAAGAAGAGGCAUCUCAAGUUCGUCGACGUGGAGUCGUUGGAGAACAAGUUCACGCGAGAGUACGGGAGAAGUCUCAAGUCCAGAGAAGUGAUUCAAGCUCAGUACCUUGAUGGUGGCGAGGUCUUUGCCGGUAUUGUUGUUGAAAAUAGACCGAGCGAGAUGACGGUCUUGGUGGACAUUCUCCCGGAAGGGCCUAACAGCGAACGGGUCGAGAUCGAGUACAAGUGGCUAUUGUACAUCGAUCCAGCAGACUCACUGCGACCGAAGCCGUCUGCAAACGCGAAGCCUCUGCCCGAGCACCUCUUGAACAACAAGAGCCUCGACGCGAAGAAUCAGAAGGACCCACCACCCGUAAUGGACGAGCCGUUCCAUGACCCCAACUGCGUGGAGAAGUGGGCGGAAUUUCACACCUGUACGACAGAGGAGGCCAGAAAUGCAGAGCAAAAGAAGAUCGACUUUUCAAAGCCGGAUCAGAUCUGGUUCUACUUGGGCAAGACAUCGACAGAGGCCAGGCAGCAGUAUACAGAGGAUCCCGCGAAGCCACGACAUAACCCGAAGGGCAACUUCCUAGAUACAGUCAAGCCGCCUCCACCGCCUCCUGCGCCGGUUGAGCGCCGGUCUCUGCCCGCUGCGUAUCCAAGCGGUGUCAAUGUCAAGGCGCUCAAUGCUACUUCGUCUGUCCAACGCCAACAGCAGCAGCAGUCCCACAACAAGCAGCCUCCUCCGAAGCAAGCACCAAUGGCUUCUGUGACCAUGUAUGGGGCUCAAUACGGUCAGCCGAAAGAAAAGCAACGGCCUGUACAACCUGCGCCAAUGACGCAGCAGUCGCAGCAGUCACGAUACUCAUCUGCUCAAGCGCAGUAUGCGCAUCCGAAAUACCACUCCACCCCGUAUAGCCGAAAUCCAGCGCAGGAGGCGUCCAAAAUACCUUACCAGACGUCACCGUAUCCGAACUCGGCGAAGCUGGGCGCACCUUCGAUCGAUCCUCGGCUUGAUCAGCUAUCGUCGCGGCCGCAGUAUCAGUACUACCAGCCACCUUCUGAUCAGCAACAGUCGCACCAGCAGCUGCAGCGGCAGUACCAGUAUCCGCAUACCUACUCGACUCAACCCAGCCAGCAUCAAGCACAACAGCGCGUUGCUCCGGUAGCACCUAUGCUGGGAACCAAGGCAUCCAGUCCUUCCGCCUUAUACAGCUAUCUCAGCAAUCCCUCCACCGACCCCUCGCCGCCACAACUAACGCACUCAUCGUCAUCGUCUUCCUCGGCUAGCGACCGACUUCAACACAUCAACGACUUGAAGAACUAUCCCUACCUUCUCCACUCGUUCCUCAGGCGUCCACAAAAGUAUCAGUCUCCCUACCGCCUCCCCAAAGAUGGCGGCGGCUUCACCGAGGCGUAUCAACCGACCACUCUCGCUCGUCCCUCUUCUAGUCACUCCCUUUAUCCGCAGCCCGGCCCCCACAGCAGCUACGCCAGUAACCCCUACCCAUCUCCCGCGGCGGCCAACGCGCAGCCAGACUUCGGUUUCGGGCGCCCGCCGCCACAGCUCCCGCACCCCAAUCCAGCUCGCAGGCAGAGCAACGCAGCACAGCGGCCGGGUCUGAUGUUCCAAUCCGAGUCUGACUUUAGGAUGGAUGUCACGAGGAGCGCGUCGAGCGAGCACGCUGGGAUGAGUAAGCUGGAGCAUGCGCUCAAGCAGGCGGCGGAGCAGGCGGGGACGGGGGGCUAUGCGGCGCCAACGCCGCCGAUGAUGGGGACGCAUCAUUCUGCACCGUAUGGAGUGAGUGGCCAUGGGCAAGGGCAUGGGCACGGGCACGGGCAUGGAAGCGGGCACGUCUAUGCGCCUGCUGGCUAUGUGCAGGCCCAGAGCCAGCCGCCUAACUACGCGCACGGACACGGAAAUGCGCACGCGCAGGCGCAGCAGCCGAGCCAGCACCAUUCGCAGAGCCAUCAUCAGCAGAGCCACAAUCCGCAAACCCAGCCAUCAAGAUACGGGCCGGGCGUAGGACACAUCCCGCCAUACGGCUCGCUGCCGAUGCAGACGCCGCCGUUGCAUCAGCCGCAGGGAUAUGGCUACGGCUACCCGCCCUCCCUGCCGCACACGCAGAGUCAAAGUCAAAGUCAAAGCCCGCGAGGACCGGUGCCGAGUCCGUUGAGUGAUGUUGCGGGUGGUGGGACCUGA